AGAGUUGGAACGUGUUCUGGGAGUGGGUGUGUUUGUUUGAGUUCAGUGUGUGCAGAAAAGGCAAGCCUCCACAGCCAUUCACACACUCCUCUCCUCAGCGAUGGCUACGCAGACAGGCAGAGCUCCAGCCCUACAUCUCUGAAUGUGUGGCUCACACCUCCCUGUGCUGAGCUCCGGAGGCUCCCAGUGACCUCUUGGUAAUCAGCUUUGGCUGGGUCCAAAUCCCCACCCCUUGGAAUACUCACGGAGCCUGACGUCUGCCUGUGAGUCGCUUUCAGCAAAGACCUCACAGGCAGCUACCCAGUCUCUCUUGGUAGCAAACUGCCAAACCAGGCCCGUUUCCUCAAAAGAUGGUAGAGGACUUAGCAGCUUCCUAUGUUGCUCUGAAAUUGGAGAAUGAAAUUCUGCAGGCUCAAGUGAAGAGGCUCGUGGAAGAAAAUGCUGCCCUCCAGGCCCAGAUACCAGAGCUCCAGAAAUCCGGAGCUGCCAAUGAGGAUAAAUCACUCCGAAAGUCCUCAGAGGCCCAAAAGUCCCCAGAGUCCCCAGAGCUACUGGAACCUCCAGCAGCCAGAGCCUCACAAAAACCCUGGGAACCCUCAGAGAUCACAGAGCUCGGGAGACCCCCAGAGAUCAAGGAGGCCAGGGAACUCUCAGCUAUUAGAGAGCCCAGGGGGUGUCCAGAGAUCAAAGAGCCCAGGGAUCCCUCAGUCAUCAGAGAGCUCAUGGGACUCCCAGAGAUCAAGGAGUCCCAGAAGCCCCCAGAGACCAAGGAGCCCCAGAAGCCCCCAGAGAUCAAGGAGCCCCAGAAGCCCCCAGAGACCAAGGAGCCCCAAAAGCCCCCAGAGAUCAAGGAGCCCCAGAAGCCCCCAGAGACCAAGGAGCCCCAGAAGCCCCCAGAGAUCAAGGAGCCCCAGAAGCCCCCAGAGAUCAAGGAGCCCCAGAAGCCCCCAGAGAUCAAGGAGCCUGUGGGACCCUCAGUCAUCACAGAGUUCAGGGGAUCCCCAGAGAUCAAGGAGCCCUGUCCUCCCCCAAAGUUCAAGGAGAACUGGGAACCCCAGGAGCCUCCAGAGGUCGAUGAGUCCUGGGAGCCCCCAGGGACCCUGGAAUCCACAACAGCCUGGGGACUCCAAGAGCCUACAAAGGCCAAGGAGGCUCACAGUCCCUCAGAGUUCCAGGAGCUCUCAGCCUGGAAGCCCCCAGCAGGCAAGGAACCCCAGGAGAUCCAGAAGGCUUUGGAGUACCCAGCAACCCAGAAGCCCCAGGAUUAUGAUCUCCCAGCAGUCUGGGAUGCAGGGCCCACAGACACCCAGGGUACCCCAGGCACCAAGGAGCUCCAGAAUUCACAGCUCCACAACCCUACAAAUGAUGAGGAGUCUCAGAAGGUUCCAGAAUACCAGGAGACCUCAUCCCAGCUGGAGCCCCUUGAGUAUCCAACUACCCAGGAGCCUCUGGAGCCUCAGGUGCCCCAGGAGCCCCUGGAACCCUCAGAUGCCGAGGAGUUCCUAGAACUCUCAGUACCUGAGGAGUCCCUCGAGGGCCUAAUAGUUGUGGAAACAGCAACAGCUUCUGCAUUUCCACAGGCAAACAGCAGAUUAGAUGCUGUAGCUUUGCCCCUAGAGGACCCUUUGUCUUUCAAUGGGGAUUCUCAGAAACUCUCUGAGUUUUUAGUUCAGUUGAACAGUUACCUGAGAACCAGAGGGUACUUGUAUCCCACUGAAGCAGCUCUAAUAAGCUUUGUUGGCAGCUUCUUCUCUGGUGAGGCAGGAAGGCUGUUCCAGUCCUUAGCAGAUAUCCAAAGCCCCCUGCUGGAACAAUUUGAAAGGUUCUUUCGAGUGCUCCAAGAUACUUUUGACAAUCCAGAAAGCAUGGAAGCAGCUAACCAUGGCCUCCCUCAGCUGCGCCAAGGGGAAGGCCUUGUCCAUAGAUAUGCAACUCGCUUCCAUCUCAUUGCUCAAGAGCUAAAUUUGGAUGAAAGCACAUUCCCCAUCCAAUACCAAGAAGAGCUUGCCAGUUCUAUUCAAAAUGAACUGUCUUGCACAAGUCCAGCCACCAACCUAUCUGAUGUGAUCAUUGAGUGUGUCACCUUAGAAGAGAAGACAGAUGGGAAGGCUAACUCCGAUUCAUCAUCCUCUGAAGAGGAAAAUGGGUCCGAGAGUCCACCAACUGAAAACCAGGCUGUUCAAGCUACGAGUAACCGCCCUCACCUCAGUGAGGCAGAACGGGCCCGACGCCGUGAAGGCCACUUGUGCCUCUACUGUGGCCAUCCUGGUCAUUUUGCCAGAGAUUGUCCUGUCAAGCCUCAUCGUGCCCAGCAGGCGGGAAACAUGGAGGCCCGGCGGUAAGGGGGAUCCCGGGCGGGCCAAUCUACAAAUACGCGUCCCCCUCCCUUCCAAUAUCUAUGUCUCGUACCCUAUGGCUAACUGUUGAGAUUCGCCUUGGAAGACGACAGUUCUUUGAGCAAGCAAUGGUGGAUUCAGGCUCCUACAGAAACAGCAUCGACCGCUCUGUGGUUCUUCGAGAGAAGAUACCAAUCCGCAAUAACAUCUUCCCUCUCAUGCUCGAAACAGUCGAUGGGCGUCCACUGAUUAAUGGACCUGUAACCAAAGAAACACCACCUGUUGAAGUCAAAAUCGGAAAUCAUGUUGAAGAGCUCCAGUUUGACAUUAUUCACGCUCCACGUUACCCUCUGAUUCUUGGAAUCCACUGGCUUGAGACGCACGACCCAAACAUCGAAUGGAGUACCCGAACUGUGUCCUUUCCAUCACAUUAUUGUCAUUACAAUUGCUUCAGGCACAGGUGGAAUCGAAGACGGCGUGACGAAAUAAUUGCUGGUUAGAUGGUGGGUCCUAGUGACUUCUGGCCAUCUGUCUUCUGUUACCUCAGCUGUCAUCAGCAUUUGCUGCUCUCUGAAUCUUCCACUGAACCUGUCUCUGGUUAUGAACUAAGGCUACCUGUACAACCACGCUGCCUCUUGGACGAUGGACUGAACCUGACGACUUUGAGCUGCUUUUCCCCACCAAUCUUGCAUGCCUCCCUCCUUGAGCCCUGCAUUAUGUGGGGUUAUUUUAAUUACAAAUAAUACUAACAGUAUGCAUGAGAAUAGAUAUUAGAAACUAAUACUGAAAAGUGUAGCUGUUAGACUGACUUUUAUUUUUCUCUAAUCAAGAUUACUUUAUCACAUAUUUUCAAUUUUUUCAAUAAAACCGUUUUCAAGUAAUAUUUUUAAAUAAUCAAUAAACAAUGGCAACUA